AUGUGCGGAAUAAUAUUUCAUUCGAUAAAACAACCAAUAGACUAUAAAGAUCUAGUUAUACGCAAUAAAAGACGUGGUCCUGAUUAUCUAUCAACUAAGAAUACACCAGCUGGUUACUUCACAAGCACAGUUUUGCAUUUACGUGGAAAUGCACUCACACAGCAACCAUUAGAGAGUGAUAAAGGUGAUAUUUUAUGCUAUAAUGGUCAGAUAUUUGAUUCAUUCGAGGUUCCAGAUGAAUGUAAUGAUGGUGUUUUACUACUAAACAUCCUGUCAGGCUUAUCCGAUGAUGAUCUUCGUGAUUAUUUGCUAAACAUAGCAGACCCAUGUGCAUUCGUGUAUUAUUCAACAUCUACACGGUCUACUUUCUUCGGAAGGGACACUCUAGGAAGAAGAAGUCUCUUAAUGUCUUCCUCUGAUGAUGGUAUCUUGGUUUCAUCGAUUCCUGAUCCUUCCUUGUCUUGGGAGGAAUGUGAUGCAACCAUUCUCUACGAAUUGAAGGAUGAUCAAUCACUAAUUAAACACCAACGAGAUACCUCAAUCAAACUCAAUAGGAUGAUUCCUGAAAAAGACACGGUUGAAAACAUUCCGUGUGACAUUCUCGACCAAUUUCGCCAUAUACUCACUCAAGUUGUUGACAGACGCGUACGGAGUAUACCAACACAUAAGGAGACUGGCUCCUCAUUGCGAGAAUGCAAAGUUGCAGUGUUAUUUUCGGGCGGUAUUGAUUGUACAAUGGUUGCUCACUUAGCUUCUAAAAUACUACCAAAAUCAGAACCUAUAGAAUUAAUUAAUGUAGCUUUCUGUGCUACCCCAAAUCCUUCUAUUGAUACCCUUCGGGAAGUUUGCAGUCGCGCACCUGAUCGUCAAACAGCUAUGGAAGCGGUUGAGGAACUACAAAAGUUACACCCAGGGAGGGAGUUCAGAUUGCAAACAAUUAUUGAGUUGAUGUAUCCAAAGAACACAGUCAUGGAUCUCUCUCUCGCAGCUCCACUUUAUUUUGCCUCUCGUGGUCAAGGAUAUCUGUACAACUCUAAAGAAGACUACACGGCCCAGGCGAGAGUUUUGUUAAGUGGGUUAGGUGCUGAUGAAGCCUUGGGAGGUUACGGAAGGCAUAGAGUCGCUUACCAAAAAGGUGGCUGGGAUGUACUCGCAGAUGAGUUGGAGAUGGACUUAGAUCGUCUGCCAUCACGUAACCUAGGACGUGAUGAUAGGGUACUCUCACAUCAUUCCCGUGAAGUUAGAUUUCCAUUUCUCGCUCAACCACUGCUACGUUGGUUGAGUACAAUACCAUUACACCUCAAAGCCGACUUCAGACAGACGGAAUUGGGUGACAAAAGACUAUUACGCACACUCGCAGUAUCUGAAGGCCUAGUAAGCGCGUCAAACCGUGCAAAACGUGCAAUGCAAUUCGGUAGUAGGAGUUCGCGGAUGGACGGUGCGGGAGCCAGUAAAGCCAAAGGCGACGAUAUAAUAAAAAUAAAUUAG